CCAGAAUAUAUUUUCCCACGGGACUAUCUUGACAACAAUUGUAUCAACCUACAGCACUAUCUCACGACAGAGCUAUUCGGAUACCUUCUGCACCCAGACAUACCUCCAGAACGCGAAUCUCAAAAUUGCAGAUAUCGCUACAGGAACCGGAAUCGCUUUUACCGAUUUAAGUCGUCGUCUUCCGCCGUUAGUCCAGCUCGAUACGUCAGACUCAUCAUUAGACUCCUUUCUGCCCAAAGAGCUACUCCCUCGCAAUACUGGCCUGCACGAAUGGGAUAUGAAAACAGUUUUCCCGCACGAGUUGGAAGGGUUUCCAAUAUUUUUCAUGUCCGCAACGUAGUGUCUGUGUUAUCGGAUGAGGAGAUCGUAGCCAUUGUCAGCAAACUGUUCAAACUCCUCAGGCCUGGUGGCUACUUUCAAUGGGGAGAGAUGGAUAUCCAUUCCCUGCGCAUCGAUGAGAUCAGCGGUGAAUGCAGCACCGCCGCUCUUGAGGAGAUAGUGCGGAUUACUCGCUCCGCAGACUCCUCACUGGGUUCCUGAGCUUGCGCGGUUAUUUGAGGGUGCUGGGCUCGUGGAUGUCAAGAAAGGUACUCGUGAAGGACUGGGGUUCGUGGAUUACAUGUUACAUGAGUUCGUGUUGAUGGUACAUGAUAUGGUUGCCCGGAAGACAAGGAACGACGAAGUAGGACGGCGCUUAAAGGAGAUUCUCCCGGAGGUUUUGAAGGAGAAAUACCACGGGGCAUUUCAUGCGUGCACCAGGUAGACUGUUAUUGGCAGGAAAGCUGAAUAAAUGUGAUAGUAAGCGUUGUUACUUUGGUGGUCGGAGUGACUAUCUAGUAGAUUAAACUAGUCGUUAGG